AUGGCGGCAGUGUUGGAGCGCUCGGCCUUCUGCGGCUCGUCCCUCGCGAGAGCACCAGUGGCAGCACGGGGCCUCCCGGCGUUGAGCACCCGCCUCACCGUCACAGCCAGGGGAGGCAAGAAGAUCUCGACCAAAGCACCUCUAGGGGAAGGGCGUGUACCAAUUCACGAAGAAAUACGGGGCCAAUGUGGACGGAUACAGACGGGGCUGCUGCUAUGGGCAAUAACGCUGGGAGGUGUGCUUCUGGCUGGAGUGUUCCUUGUCUACAGCACCAGCGCUCUCGCAAGCUAA